AACUGCUCAGCGAACUUCUCUGGCGCGCCAAUCUUCCUUCCACGGGCAUGAAUCCACCCCCUGCAGGGGAACCCUUUGUCCGCCGGGCUCCUCCUCCUCCUCGCCCCGCCCCCGCCACUCCGAGGAAGUCCAGGAAGAGGACGUGCUUCGGGGCAAGGCGUCAGAGGCACGUGGCUUGGGGUCGUGGUUGAGGGCCCCGACGACGCCCGAGAGGCUAGCAUGGCGGAAGAAAAGCUGCUGUUUUUGGCGACGCCCUUAGAAGGCGCUUAAGAGGAGGAAGGACAGAGUCCAACGGCCAUGCUGUGUCUUGGCCUCCCGCCGCUGCUCUUGCUGGCGAAACUGCUUCUUGAGAGAGCCCUAGCAGAAUCCUUUCUCCAUUUACCAGCACCACAGAAUGUGACAAUUGUCUCAUACAAUUUUCAGAAUACAUUAAAAUGGUCUCAGGUUAUGGGGAUCAAUAGUAGUGCAGUGUCAUACAGAGUUGAAUAUCGCACAAAAUCAGAUAGCAUCUGGAUAGAAGACAACUCCAGAAAUAUCACAAAGCCUGAAUAUAAUUUCACACAUGUUAUCAAUGAAUUUGAUGAAGUAAUUUUCCGUGUUAGGACCGAACAAGGGGAAUUAAAAUCUGACUGGGUACAAACUUCUCCCUUUCAGGCAAGACAUCAAACUAUUUUAGGACCUCCAAGAGAAAUAGAUGCGACAGUGGAAGCUAACUCCAUUUUUGUUAGCUAUAAGGCUCCCUUUGAUAAUAACUCAAGAUUCUUUGUUUUUCAAUAUUUAAUAUCUUACUGGGAGACGUCAGCAGAUAAGGACGUGCCUUCAUCUGACAAAGUGGAGGAAGUGAAAACCAGCAAUACAAAAUUCAAACUUGUGAAUCUGAUGGAAAUGACAGAGUAUUGCUUCCAUAUACAAGCAGUGCUUCCUGAAAAAAAGCUACAUGGACGUUUAAGUGAAACUUAUUGCAGAAAAACCUCUCUUACUGAGACAACAAGGAUUUUAUCAAUCACAUUGCCAUUCAUAUUUGCAGUUGUUGUACUCAUUAUAAUAUUUUUCUGCUGGGUGGUUAUAAAGAAGCAUCAGAAUCUAAUUAAAUCUCUUUGGCGACCUCCUCUUACAAUACCACUGCAUUAUGAAAAGGACUUACAAAAUCCUCAAAUGACUGUGGUUGAAGAAUUUAGGAACUGUGCAGGAGAAGAUUACUGGGAUGCUGUGUCAGUUAUCUCCAGCGUGGAACAAAAUCCAACUGUGACAAAUAGCAUUGAUAACAACAAUCAAGAAGUUCACCUGCUACAAAAUAGAUGAGCUUAGAUGACAAGAUGAAAUAUCUUCAUUUUACAGAAGUUCAGUGAUUCUGAAUGUAACUGUUGAACUACAGAGGAAAUUAUUUGGGUGGUUGCAAUAAGAAGAUCCUGCACAGCAUACUGAUGUGCUUCUAUAUAUGUUGAACUAUGAAUUGAAGGCACAACCUGUACAAGGAUACUUUCUUCUACUGAUGAAGUAUAUUUUUCUUAAUUACAUUGUCAACUGAGAUUAAAUGGAAGUCGGUAUAGAUUCCAACUACUGAAACAA